AUGGUGAAGGGAGAGGGAACAAUAAUUGAAAGUGUUUCGUCGAAGGAAAAGACAGAGGAAGGGAGAAGGAAGAAAAUAAAGAUAUUUCCUAUAUCAAAAAAUUGUAGCGUUUGGCCGCUUCCAAGCUUCAGGAUUGGCUAUCAAUUGUGGAAUAUGGAAGGUCCAAGUCUGAAAAAAGAAGCUGCGAGAUUCUCGGAAAAUGCACUUUCCCACUUGUAA